AUGCUACUAAAAGACUUUGAUGAGGAGGAGGGUCCAGAGGUGCUGCUGGUGAAGGAGGAGGGGUGUGAGGAGGGUCUGGGGAACCCUGACGGGAUCAUGUUCACAGAGGACAACCAGACUACACCUCCUCCUGAACCCACAGAGGAACCAGCUGAGCAGCACAGGACCACACACAGUCUCACUGAGUCAGUAGACAUGGAGGAUGGGAAGCCUGAUCUGCUGCUAGUCAAAGAGGAGACAGUAGAGGAUGAACCAGAGAACAUUGACCUGCUGAGUGGACUAAAGACGGUGGAGCAAGGUGGUUGGCUGGAGGCUAACAGAGGAGACUGGGCGACCAUUUUGGAUUCCAAGGCCCAGACCGGUGCAGCCAAGGGCCCAGGGGACAACAUCACUGAGCAGGCCAGGACCAGAGGUGACAUAGUGGAGGUCAGUGGAUGGGACAGCGUCCUCAACUCUGGACUGAGGAACAACAUUGUUGACCACUACCAGAAACAGACAGUCAAACACAAAACAACAUCCAAACGUAGUCUCCAUGACAACAGACUGGCUGAGACCAGGGCGAGGCAUAGAUUUGGUCCACAGGGACUGGGAGGUAUCCAUAUGCGGCGGGAGAGAACAGAAACAAACUCUGCUAGUGAUACUCCAUCCUGCUCCUAUAGUUGUGAUUCAGAGACACUGUUGGCACCUCAGGUUAACCCCCUAACAGGUGCUGCCUUCAGCCUGCCUUCUUUAGGAUCUCUCAACUGGAACAUGGACCCUGCGACAACACAGACACUCCCUGGCCUUCGUCCUCCUCACACUCUCCUAAUGUUAAACCAGACCUCAGACCAUGCCAGUGCUUCAACAGUAAAUGGCUACACAAGCCUUUUGACAAAUGACAGUAGUAGUGAUGCUAUCAGUAGAUCUGGUGGCAAAGAGAAGCGCUUCCCAUGUUCAUUCUGUGGGAAAGCCUUCAGUUUCUGCAAACAGGUGGAGAUCCACCAAAGGAUGCACACGGGGGAGAAACCAUUCGGCUGCCACCUGUGCCAGGCCAGUUUUUCACAAUCAUCCAGCCUGAAGAGGCAUCAGAGAGUCCACACAGGGGAGAAACCCUACAGCUGCCCCCAGUGCGAGAAGAGGUUCUCCCGCCAGCACCAGCUGAAGAUGCACCUGAAGGUCCACACUGGAGAAAGGCCAUUCGACUGCACUCACUGUGGGAAGAGGUUCUCGGAGAGGAGAUACCUCAAGAUGCAUCAGCAGAAAAACCAUUCCACUAUAACAUAGAAAGUAACCAUUCCACUCGAUAGCUUCUGAUGCUAAGAUCAAACCCUGCUUUAAAGGUAGACGCAGAAAGAUGACAUAGAUGCAUAAAAUAACAGCAGUUGUGGCUUAAUUGUUGAAGUGCAAGGCCCAGACAUUGUGUGAUAUACAAUUGAAGUCAGAAGCUUACAUACAUCUUAGCCAAAUACAUUUAAACUCAGUUUUUCACAAUUCCUGAAAUUUAAUCCUAGUAAAAAUUCCCUGUCUUAGAUCAGUUAGGAUCACCACUUUCUUAUAAAAAUGUGAAAUGUCCGAAUAAUACUAGAGAGAAUUAUUUAUUUAAGCUUUUAUUUAUUUCAUCACGUCUUGUGAUGGCCACUCCAAUACCUUGACUUUGUUGUCCUUAAGCCAUUUUGCCACAACUUUGGAAGUUUGCUUGGGGUCAUUGUCCAUUUGGAAGACCCAUUUGCGACCAAGUUUUAACUUCCUGACUGAUGUCUUGAGAUGUUGCUUCAAUAUAUCCACAUAAUUUUCCUCCCUCAUGAUGCCAUCUAUUUUGUGAAGUGCACCCGACCCUCCUGCAGCAAAGCACCCCACUACAUGAUGCUGCCACCCCGUGCUUCACAGUUGGGAUGGUAUUCUUCAGCUUGCAAGCCUCCCCCUUUUUCCUCCAAACAUAACGAUGGUCAUUAUGGCCAAACAGUUCUAUUUUGGUUUCAUUACACCAGAGGACAUUUCUCCAAAAAGUACGAUCUUUGUCCCCAUGAGCAGUUGCAAACCGUAGUCUGGAUUUUUUAAUGGUGGUUUGGGAGCAGUGGCUUAUUCCUUCCUGAGCGCCCUUUCAGGUUAUGUCGAUAUAGGACUCGUUUUACUGUGGAUAUAGAUACUUUUGUACCUGUUUACUCCAGCAUCUUCACAAGGUCCUUUGCUGUUGUUUUGGUAUUGAUUUGCAUU